GGCCCGUGUCGAGCCCUGGAUGGGGCAAGCUCAGAUCUCCAGCGUGGAAAGAACCCCUGCGAGAGCUGUGCGGCGGCCGCGUUGAGCCGAGGCAACCCCUUGGCUGGAUACUUAAAUAAGGGCUUGGGGGGAGCUCGCAUCAUGGACCUGAAUUGAUUUUUCUGCCCCAAACCCCAGCGCUACCAUGUCGGCCGUCAACAGGACUCUCCGCGCCGCCGGACGGACUCUCCGCAUCUCGCAGCAGCAACAGCGAAGCUACCUCCGCUCCUCGGCGCCCCUGACGCUGGCCGCCACGUCGCAGAGCUGCUCCUCAUCUUCGCCCGCCCUGCGCUCCACCACACACGCCCGCCCCUCCUCUUCCACCUCCUCAGCCUUCUCGACCUCUGCCCCCCGCCAGUCCUCAGCCCCCGCCAACAUGUCGUCGCCCGCUUACGAUCCCGAGAUCUCGGACAUUGCCAGCUACGUCCACAACACGGCCGUCGACUCGGAAUUGGCUUUCGACACGGCACGAUGGAUCCUGCUCGACACGCUGGGCUGCGGCCUUGAGGGCCUGCGCUUCAAGGAGUGCGCCAAGCUGCUAGGCCCCGUGGUUGAGGGCACCGUGGUGCCGCACGGCACCCGCGUGCCCGGCACGCCCUUCCAGCUCGACCCCGUCAACGGCGCCUUCAACAUCGGCGCCAUGAUCCGCUGGCUCGACUACAACGACUGCUGGCUCGCCGCCGAAUGGGGCCACCCCUCGGACAACCUGGGUGCCAUUCUGGCCGUCGCCGACUGGGCCACCCGCACCAACCGCGCCGCCGCCGCCCCAGGCUCCACUACCAAGCCCGUCGCCGGUGGCCGCAUCUUUACCGUCCACGACGUGCUCGAGGCCAUGAUCAAGGCCCACGAGAUCCAGGGCUGCCUGGCCCUGCUCAACUCGUACAACAAGGUCGGUCUGGACCACGUCGUGCUCGUCAAGGUCGCCAGCACCGCCGUCGUCUCCAAGAUGCUGGGCCUCUCGGAGAAGCAGACGGCCGACGCUGUCACCCAGGCCUGGGUCGACGGCCAGUCCCUGCGCACCUACCGCCACACCCCCAAUACCAUGUCGCGCAAGUCGUGGGCCGCCGGCGACGCCUGCCAGCGCGCCGUCAACCUGGCCCUCAAGGUCCUGCGCGGCGAGACGGGCGUGCCCACUGUCCUUUCCGCUCCGGUCUGGGGGUUCUACGACGUCCUGUUCAAGGGCAAGAAGUUUGAGUUCCAGAGGCCCUACGGCAGCUACGUCAUGGAGAAUGUGCUUUUCAAGGUGUCGUAUCCUGCCGAGUUCCACUCUCAGACCGCCAUCGAGUGCUGCGAAAAGAUCCACGCCCUCCUCAAGGCCCGCGGCAAGUCGGCCGCCGACAUCAAGGCCAUCACGUGCCGCACCCACGAGGCCUGCGUGCGCAUCAUCGACAAGCAGUUCAAGCCCAUGGACAACUUUGCCGACCGCGACCACUGCAUCCAGUACAUGUGCUCCGUCAUGCUUGUCUACGGUCGUCUAACGGCGACCGACUACGUCGACGGCUCCGAGGCCGCCACGUCGCCCCUCGUCGAGUCGCUGCGCCAGAAGAUCCGCUGUGUCGAGGACCCCAAGUUCACAGCCGACUACCACGACCCGGCCCAGCGCACCAUCGCCAACGCCCUGACUGUCGAGCUUGAGGACGGCACGGUGCUGGACGAGAUCGUUGUCGAGGCGCCCCUGGGACACCGCCUCCGCCGCGAGGAGGCCAAGCCCGAGAUCCUGGCCAAAUACAAGCGCCAUCUCGAUGCCCACUACCCAGCCGACAAGGUGCAGAACCUCAUCGACCUCGGCAUGGACGGCAAGAAGCUCGAGUCCAUGUCGGUCGACGAGUACGUCGAUCUGUACGUCGUCGAGAAGAGCAAGUUUGUGUAAAAUAUCUAUCCUCUGGUUAGUAUAAAACUGGGAGGAGGAUUUUCUUACUCUAUACUAUAGAUGAGCCACGACCGCUGUUCUACGACGGGAAUGGAAAAAAUAUAAGGUGCGACUUUUGGAAAUACCGAUGUAUCUGCCAAAAAGGCAUGUCUUUUCAAAGUUCUCGUAUCACAGCAUACGCGCACGCUGCAUAGCUCCGUCGUAUC